AUGAGCAAUUACGACAAAAAGAAGGACGAGACAUUCGAAAGGGAGGCGUGGAAUGCUGCUCGAGCAGUAUUUUCUGGAAAUCAUGAUCCCGCCAACUUCCAGCCCUUCCUCAAAGACUAUACGACUCCCGAAUCGGCUCGGAGUUCGGUCGUGCAGGCCCAGAAGGAGGCCAAUUCCGAGUACAAUGGGAAACUUGGUGCUAUCCUCGACAAGGUCGACCAGUUUAUGAAAGUGGGAGAUCUUGCCAUCAAGUCAGCUCCGGAAAGUAUUGGCCUCGCCUGGACUGGUAUCAGACUCUGCCUCCAUUCCGUGCAAGAUGACUUUGCCACCUUCAGCCUCUUCUCAGGGGCAUGUGCAGACAUCUUGGGGAUUCUCAUCUCUUGCAGAGUGUAUGGCGGCUUGUAUGCGAGUCAGGACCAUCCUCCAGAAUUCACCGAUCUUCAUGAGAAGGUGCUGAGCUACAUCAAAGAAACCUACGUGAACAUCAUCGAGUUCUCAUAUCAAAUGUGGAAAUAUGCCCGGUCCGGUGCUGGUGUCCGUGUCAUCAAGGGCCUGUUCCGUAGUGCCCAGGGAAAGUUCCAGCCAAAGAUCAAAGCCAUCAAAGACAAUGAAGCUCAGAUGAACAAAUAUGCCUCCCAAGCAAACCAGCAAGUCUCACAAUACUACCAAAAGAAAGGCUUGGACAAUGACCAGACGAUGAUGAGGGGCUUGUCGGAUCAAAUGGAAAUGCUACAGGCGUUGCAAGAGGAGGCCGCCAAGCAGAACCAGUUGAUGGAGGAAUUGAUGAAGAGGGAUGAGCUUCACAGGAAAGACCAACGGAUGACAGCGGCAGAGAUCACGCAUGAAAAUUGGGAAAGGCAAAAGAAGGAACUACCGUCCCUCGACGACAAUCAGCAAGUGCUGGAUUCUAAACUGACGGCUUGCAAGCCAGGAACUUGUGGCUGGAUUCUGGAAAACAACAAGUUUCAAGAUUAUGUGAACGCCGAAGGUGGUAAUGUGACGUGGCUGGUCGGCACAGGAGGGUCUGGAAAGUCCUUCCUCAUGUCUGUGGUCAUCAGAGACCUCAAGAACAACGCCCACCGACACGACUCUCUCGUGCACUAUUUCUUCAUAUCCAAGGGCUCCCAGGCAACCAUGCAGGCUGAUCAGAUCGAGCGUCAUCUUCUCGCCCAGCUCUAUAAAGACGCAGCUCAAUCAUUGGACGUCUUGGACAAGUGCAACAAGAUCAUGGCAGAAUAUAUUGAAAAUAUCGAACGCCAAAAAAAGAGCACCACUAAAACCACAAGCAAGAAAUCAGGAGAUGGUCCAGCUGUAUUUGAACAGAGCUACACCGCUCUCGCCAAGAUCAUCAACAAGCGAAUCUACCUCGUGAUAGACGCUUUGGACGAGUGUGCGGACGGAGAAACACAAGAAUUCAUUCAAACGAUCAAGAAACUAGCCAGCACCCCGGGCCUGAAGGUAAACGUCUACUGUAGCAGCAGAGAUGAACCCGACAUUGCCGCCGUUCUGGAAAAUUGUCCGAGAAUCAGCGUGGAGGAGAAUAACUCAGGAGAUAUCGCCAGACACGUCCAAGCUGAGAUGGACAAAUUGCCCGGAUUCACCCCGGCAGAGCGUGACGAAGCUUGUCGAGAAAUUACCCAGAAAGCAGGCUGUUAUUUUCGUUACGUCGAGUUGGCUAUGGAUUUCAUGCGUCGGCCGUGGCGGAGGCCUUUAUCAUCGCAUCUCGAGUCCUUGCCGUCCGGUGUUGAAAAUAUCUAUGCUCAGCGGCUCAAUCAGACUAACCCGGCCUAUUACGAUCUGCUCACCCACUGUCUUACCUGGACGAUUCUUGCGGGAGAGGAAUUGCGUGUCCAGGAACUCAUUGAUGGGUACAAGGGCAGUUUUACGGAUGAGGAAUCCAACCCUCUGCUUGACGAUGACCAAGAGAACGUGCACUUGGAACUGUAUGAAGACCAAAUCAGACAAGCGGGAAGCGGCUUCCUUCGCGUCAACACUGACCAUGCCGUAAGCCUUGUCCACAAUACCGUGCGAGACUUUUUCCUGGAAUCAAACAGCGUGGUCAAUGGUAGUGCGAAAUCGGCGGCUGAGCCCGAAUGUGAAUGUGCCAGAUGCCAGAAGGAGUUGAAAAAUAGUAAAAAGUUUGUCGUUUCCGAACGGGAAGGACACAUGCAGAUAAUCACCACGAUCCUUCAGCAUCUGCUAUCUCCGUCAUUCCAACGCAAGUACUACGCUAAACCUCGAGACAAAGCGAAUGGUAAGGAAGAUGAGGAAACAAAAGUGGAAGGUGUGGACCGAACUGAAGUCGUCCAAAAUGAGAAUGAUGCACCACCGGCGGAGGCAACGCCGGCAGAGACAAUAUUUACGGAAGCCCAGGACGAGCAUAUCCAGAGCAAUGGCAUCAAGGUGCAUGAUCACGGCCCCGAUGAUCGAAUGGAGGACCUCAACAAUGACCACCAAACAUCUGAAGACCACCACGAGGAAGCAGCAAAAAAGGAACCAUCAGAAACCAAUGGCGACCCGUCAAUUAAUGGUGUCUCCGGUGACCUGGAUUCAAAGUCUACCCUGCCCAAUGGUGAUUCAAAUCAUGUACAAGAGAACGGGAGCCUACCGAAUGGCGAUGGCCCACCGAAUGGAGAAGAAACUCAAAACAACGACAAUGCUGAGCCGACAAACGAAGCAACAGACGAUCACUCUGUUGUAGACAGCGAUGAGAACGUAGAUUUGACGGACCAGGAUCGAGCGAGGCUUUGGGAUCUGCAGUGGGAUUCAGACGCGUUCACGGCCCGGUACGAAAUAUCGAGACUGAGGUGGCAUUUGACACAACUCGAAGACAUCUAUCCGGCCAAUGAAAGGUCUGGAGAGCAAUGGAACAAGUUACGCGACCUUCUCGACCGAUUUCUUAAUCCGGAAUCCGAGGCGUGGAAAGGAUGGAUCAGAACAUUGUGUGCGGCCGGCCUCUCCGUUGAUUCGAUGGAUGUCUUUGUUGACGACCAAGAAAUACAGCCUCUCUUUUUUGCCGCGUGUUGUGGCUUGACCAGCCUGGCUCACAUCCUCCUGGCCCGACCCAAUGCCUCGGAACUUAUCAACUUCAAGACGCCGGAGGGAAUGAGUGCGUCGGGUUGGGUGGUAGCUUACCAAAUGGAUACAGAGAAGGUUCAGGAUGCUUUCUUGCUUGCCAUGUUGGAGGCUGGGGCUGACCCCAAUGCCUACAACCAUUUUGAAGAAGAGCCUGUGGGGACUGCAUUUCACUUUCUCCUUCUGUGUCGGACCGUGACCAAGGCGCAGCUCGACAUGUUCCUUGCACACGGGGCCGAUAUCAAUGCUCUGGAUGAAACUGGCAACAAUGCCCUGCAUUACUUCUCCUGGGGAGAAGCCGAGCUUGAGAUUGGCCAGGCCUUGGUUGAGGCCGGAGCGGACAUCCACAUCCGGAAUACCAGGGGGGAGUCUGUCAUGCAUCUCCUCGCCCGUCGGGUCAACUGUCGCGUCGACAUCAUGCAGUAUUUCAUCGAGAAAGGUGCCGGGGUCGACACAGAGGAUGGCGCGUCGGAGAGACCAUUGCUCGAGGCCUCCCUGGCCGGAAAUUGCGACGCGGUGAAAUUGCUGCUCGACCGCGGAGCCGACAUCGAAGACGUAAAUGAAAACGGACAAACAGCGCUCUUCGUGGCCGCAUUGGCUGGCCAUACGGACGUGGUGACGGUCCUCCUUGAGCGAGGGGCAGAUCCACUCAAACGAAAUUCCAUGGGAGCGACACCAUUCGGAAUGGCCUGCAAGCAUGGUGACGCCGAGUCCGCUCUCCUGCUUGGAAAAGCCAUGUUGGAGAAGAGGGGAAUCGAACAUCUCAACUGGCGAAAUACCUUUGGGAAAACACCGAUCAUGAGAGCCGCAUCUCGAGGACUUUCUACCGUAAUUGAAUUCAUCCUUGCCCAUGUCGACAAUGAGGCUGCCCUCACCACGGUGUCCAAUAGAGGCUGGUCGGCCCUGCAUUAUGCGGCACUGCGGGCCCGUCCGGAGGCGACGAUGACGCUGCUGAAACGCGGGGCCGACAGUCGAUGCAAGGAUCCGGAGGGCAAGACACCACUUCAGCUGUGCUAUGGCAAGAUCUGGACCAAGCCGGAUGAGGCCCGGGAGACGACGAUAUCCGCCCUCAUCGACCACGACCAGCAAGCGGCCAUCGCGGAGAUCGAGCUGCUGCACACGCUGGCCAUCAACGAUUCCCCCAGCCUCGUGGCCAAACUACUCGAAUACGGAGCUAACCCUUACGCCACGGACGAACACGGCUGGAACGUGCUCCAGCUCGCCGAGCAGUACGACCGGCUGGACGUGGUCGAAGUGAUCAAGACUUGCAAGCUCAGGGCGGGCAGUCGACCGUCCAGGUUUGUGGGGAGCUUCUCCAACGUGCUGGUCUGUUCGUCAUGUGGUUUGGAGAUCGAGCUGCUUGAACGAGGCAAGCCCACCACGGAUACCAUCAAUGGAAAUCUGUGCUACACGACGGACCAGACGCUGGUCACCGAUCACCCCAUCCCGGCGUCGGCCGAGCGUUAUUACUUUGAAAUGACCAUCGCGGAUCGCGAGGAGAAGAUCAUCGAUCCGAUGUUCGUGAUCGGUAUCACGCAAAAGCCCACAGGAUCCACCAAGCUGUGGUUCCCGGGGUGGUCGAAGCUGGGGACGUCGAGCUGGGGAUACCACAGCGACGACGGCAAGAUCUGGUGCGUGGCGGACCCGCCCAAGAUCAAGGACCUCGGGUCGGCGCGGAAGUAUGGGUACGGCGAUACGGUCGGGUGCGGGAUCGACGUGAAGAAAAAGACCGUGUUUUGGACCUUGAACGGCGAGCGAUUGAUGGAGGCCGGGUUCCAGAACGUGCGCGGCCAGAUUUACCCUGCUGUCGCCCUCAGCGCCGCCGGCAAGGUCAAGGUCAACUUGGGCCUGAACUUGAACGACGAGCGGUUCCUCUGGCGGCUGGGCACUACGUGCGAUUUUGAGAGUGACGUCCCCUCGCCGCCUUUGAGGAGGUUGAAAUCCGAACACUGA